AGUGUCCCUAUAUCUCACAGCGCAGGUUUUUAUGCAUCUGUAAAUCAAAUAUUGAAUAUCCCUCUAAUUCAUAUUCUAUGCAAGAACAAUGCCGACACGGAAUGGGUCUUUUAUUAAAGACAAAUACACACUUAGCGACGAGGUUCGUCAAUUAGACUUUAAACGUUGAAGCGCCUUUAAAAAUCAAUCAACAAGAAUCUUUCAUGCUCGCUGGGGUCUUCUGCUGUUGCCAUACGAGCGAACUGACGCUACAGUUCGGCACUGCCAUCUGAAGCUGGUGGUACAAGCUGAGUCGAUCGCCGCGGAAACUAAGCAAUUUCCGAAGAGGGGUUCGUGAACAUGACCCGAAAUAACCCGAAAAGAGCUUAAAUACUCUGUUCUACCACAGCGCUAAGAGAAGCGGAUUAACGAACAUGCAUAUUGUGUGAUAUACUCAGUGAGUGAGAUAUGUCGUUAAAACACCACGUUGAGAGGAAAGAUAGAAGAUUUUAAUAUGCCUCGUUCGACAGUCCUUCAUUAUAUUGCCGGUGAUUUGUAAUUUAAAGGCAUCGCGCGGCAUUAUCAACUGAAAUUGUCUAUAUUUGUUUUUCGUCGCAAAGAAGCGUUAAAGUGCUUCAGUGCACAAUCGGUUGUUAUCGUAGAUUGAUACAAGACUGCGAGCUGUGGAUUAUUAAACGGACGGUGUACAUGGCAGGCUAUCAUACGGAAUUACACACAGAUUUUCGUUUGCGAAGAACAUGGAGACAUAAGUUCAGGAAUUUGUUUUUUGGCGACGUUCAAGCUUUGAAGUAUGACACUGGAUAUUCUAGAGGUAAUAUCUGGAUCUAAACAAGUGAUUUUCAAAUGAUAAGAGUCCCCGGAAAAUGUUCCCAAUAUCUGAGAAGCGUGGGUAAGUCUUAUCCGGAAUUCAUGUCAGUGUCUUCUACCCCGAGCUCCGCAGUGGGGGCAUGUAGGACCGAGUACAAGCGGCAGAAAACUUUUAUGAAAACGGAAAAAUCCGUUGCCAAGGAAACGCAAAAGGAUGAUUCAAAAGAUCCACUCCCGAUCGUGGAGCUUAAACCUUUCGUUAAGAAAGUAUGGCGGAGGGAAAAUAGUUUACCGGGAUUUUAUAACCAGUUUCCUCCAUCCAAACCUAGCAACCAUGUUCGGAAGCAUAAGGAUAUAGAGAAGAAGCACGACCCCCCGCCGUCCCCGGGCCCCUCCCCCGACAAACUAGAAAUGAUCAUCGGGAGCGGUUCCAACGAGAAUGGCGCCACACGCUCGUCCGGUGGAUCUCAUUCGCCUCGAUCUCGACAGAAGAUUCACCCUUCAGCGGAAACCAUUGCGCCCAAGAAAAGAGAGCAUUCUCAGAGUCUUGUGCCUGGAUUUAUUACACGUUUAGAGAGGACUAAGACUACGUUAAUGGAGAUCCAAGACGCCGAGGCGCCUACUAAAGUGUACUGUGGUUUACAGCAGUCACUGGAGCGGAGAGAGAUGGACCAUCCCCCAGUGAUAGAUCUAAAAGGUGAGAAAAACGUUCGUGAGUCUAACAGAAAACAUUACCAGUAUUCUCCUAUACCCCCUUUUAAAGCCAUGUAUCAAAAGAAUGGAGCGCUGAACUUUAGUCUUCCUCCACAAGGGUAUGGUGCCAAGUAUUACCCUAACAAGUUAAGGAGAAGGAACUCAACGGAGAGACCCAAAACGCCAUUCUAUGAUGCAUUUGACAGAAAGGGAACACUCCCUUCUAUUCAAAUAGGAAUACCCACAUUACGCAAAAGACCAAACAAGGGUCAUAUUAAUUUUGAUGAGGAUGACAAUCUUAUUGACAAUGCAAUGCCCGUAUCUGUGUCUGUCCACAAGGUCGGUGGGAUCUCUAACUCACUACAUAUACUCAGCAAGCUUGGUGCUCCAACAAUGGUCGAAAGGCAACUAUCGUUUCAACUAGAAGUAGACUUGCGAAGAUUCAGGAGAUCUCGGGAUUAUUUUCCAUUCGAAAUGACACCGGUUGAAAUUGCAAAGUAUUACCCCUCCCAGAAUAUCAGCAUGACGAGUGGAGAGAAAGAGAUCCAAAAGGGUCUGGAACUGAACACCAGACGGAAGAAAAUACGUGAUAAAUCGCAUAGAUCCGCCCCAGACAAACUGGAAACGAUAGAUCAACUCACACCGAGGGAUUCUGACGGGACGUUAACGAGACUUGAGGGAGAGCUGGCUCAACAUGGCCGCGACAAGAUGAGCGCGGACGAGGACGCUCAGAUGUCAGACGACGCUCAAGUGAAUUCUGUGCCAAACGUACCACAUACGCAAGAGACUGGAAAAACUUUCGCGGAUGCCUUUUCUUUGGAAGAACCCAAUAACAAUUCGGUUAGUGUUUCCAGUGGUAAAGCGAAAUCAAGAUCCGGACUGGACAGAGAGAAGGAGAACAAAUACGGAGAGAGCAAGGAACCGAUUUUACCGCUGAAAAUCAACUCGGGAACACCGGAAGGAAAUGAAAGCAGUACGGAGGAUCUUAACACGUCACCCGGUGGCUCGUCCGAUAUUAUUCAAGAUGUUAAAGAUGCGAACAUCUUGCCUGACGUUAACAGUGCAAACACCGAGGUAAUCCGAGAGGAGCCGGAGGAAAUCGGUGGAACCAGCAGAAGCAGCACGUUCAUAACGUCAGAGCAUACGAAAUUUCCCGAGGUUGUUCCGAGUUGAUUUGUGUGUGCGAUAUGCGAUAAAAAAUAUACCAAAUUUGUUUGUGCCUUUGACUAAAUGUUGCUCAAAGAUUGGAAUCUUUUCUCUACAAGAAAAUGUUACAGGUUUCCUUCAUUACACAUUAAGGAAGUUCUUCAUGUGAUCAAUCAUAGCGUUCUCUUACUAUGCAAAUUGUCGUUCGUUUGCAAGAAAAUAGAGGAUAUUUUUUUGGCCGCGUUGUUUCCAGACGAUGAAGUACUGUGGUUUUCGUCUGUUCUGAAGGAUCAAUAAUUCAUUAAUUCUUUGUGUAAUUCUUGAGUGUUUACAACACAAUCAAAAUGUGCAGUGAUUAAAUUAUUGAGUAGAAAUGCCACUGCGCCGAGAGGAAAUCCUGAAUCUGAACUCAUAAUCCCGUUAUACCUUGCAUUUAAAAUGAUUAAUUUCUUUUGUGUAGUAAACUGAAAGUUUUUGUUCCAGUGAUAAAGAUAUAUUUAAAUGUUUAAAGAAAACCGAGUGCAAGAUCUUGUU